GAUGAAAACCAUUGCAUAGCGUGCUCGACAGUCACAGCGUGCACAAACGCAUGGUUGGUUUUUUGGUUUCGUUCCAACUUCCAAGUCAUCUAAAGCGUGCUGCAUGCUGGUUGUGUGCUUUUUUUCUGGCAAAUCUUGAUUUUUAAAAAAAUUUAAUUACUUGAUUUCUCGAAAAUUAUCCAAUUCGCAACUAUUGUCUUUACAUUAUGGACGCCGUGAAGAAACCCUUUAGACUAAUAAGUCACGAUCGACGAGUCCAGUAUGGUGUUGGAGUUGAAAGUGUUGCAGAAGUUAUUUGUAAAACUAGAACACUCUUCAACUUGGGUGUAGAUGAAAAUAUUGUAGUAGUACUCGAGGAAGAUGGAACCAGAGUGACCGAGGAUGGGUUUCUGUUACUAUUGGAAAAUCACACAAAGCUGAUGAUUCUUAGAAACAAUACACAGUGGACGCAACAACCAGGAACAUUGGAAGAAGUACAUCAACAGAUUGACAUACAGAAUGUUAAAUUCAACGAAAGAAAGAGGACAAUAAUGGCUGCAGAUGAAAUUGGGGGAUACUGCAUCAGUCUUUUCCAUCCAAAGCUUCCCAUUCUUGCCUUUGCUGGGUAUUUAAAGGAAGUAUUGUUGUUUAAAGCUGAAAGUUUUGGCACUCCAUUUUCAAAUUGGAUUGAAAGUAACCGAUUUGGACUUCAUUCUCAAAUUCCGAAACAAGUGUCAACCUUAGAAUGGAAUGCAAAUGGAACUCAGUUGGCUGCUGGAUGUGCAGAUGGUACCAUUGUUGUUUGGAACUAUCCAAAUGGAGAUGUUCUUUUCAAAAUAAAACAUUGCAGUGGGUUAGAAAUAAUGGUUUGGAAUCCAUUUAGACCUGAUUUGCUUGCAUCUCUUGAUAUUAAUUAUACAAAUGUUUUGAUAUGGAGCACAAGCGGAGAGGCGAACAAUCUUUUUUGCACAAUUGAUGGGCGUCAACACAUCACUGUAAUAAAAUGGGUGGCUAACAACCAAGUUGCUGUCGGUUUUAGCAGUGGUUUAAUUGAAAUUUGCGAAAUUAUCGAAAGCCUACCUGUUCGUACCUACCGAGUUAGUCAGAAGUUCAGGCAGGAGGGGGAAAUAACUGACCUCGCAUGGAAUGAAAGGUUGCAGUUAUUGGCUGGGGCAUCCAACAGAUGCGAACAGAUUUGGUCUAAGAACAGCGUAUUUCCUGUCCACAGCGUGCAGUUUGCUUCCUCUUGUAAUACUUUGGGUUGGCUUCCUGCAGUAAGAAUUGGAGGUGGAACUUCAUUUGCAAGAAAUGCUAUCGAAAAUAGAACCUUGGUUUGUGGAUUGAGUAAUGGAUUAACUGUUGUCUGGAAUCCCUUGGAAAACGACAUAGCCAAAAGGCAAACAAUGCUGAGGGAAAAUUCCUACGAUUGUCCAAUACAUGCGCUCUCCUUCUCAUCCGAUGGUCGAUUCUUAGCCUCAAUUAAUGAUAUUUCGAGAAUCGUUAUCUGGUCAACCAAAACUUGGUUGCCGGUUUUCAGCUGUCUACUUAAUGCUGUAGAGGGGGAUGAAAACCGGCCUCUCAUGUCUUGGAUGUAUUCGGACCCGUCUGUAGUCGCCACUUACAAAUUGGCUGGCAAUACAUAUCACUCCGGAAAUGAGAUCCAACUUCUUGAGGGCGCCAUACCCAACCCGACAGACUAAAGCGAAUCAAAAUUAAAUCUGGUUCGGCGAAGUCUCCUCUUGGAUUCUUCAGAUCUCUGGAUUAUUUGUCUGGGUGUUUUCUUCUUAAAGUUCACUACGAGAAACGAGACGUCGUUCGUGAUCCGUAGGAAAGCUCGUGUCCGUCUUAAUUUAACCACCUUAUUCGUUAAUUUUUUAAUCCAGUAAAGUUUUGUUGUCUUCCUUUUACCAAGAUUACCAAUGAAUGUAUAUCAAACAUUCAUGUUUGCGUCACACUCUUUGGUUGGAUUUUUUUAGCUUGCUCCGAUGCGUUAAUUCCUGUUUUAUCUUGAAAUUUAAAUUUGUUGUCUUGUCUUAUUCAAGUUAAAUGGAACUUUGCGCAUGGCCUUACAUUGAAUAAAAUUUGACCAGGAAAAUUCA